AUGCCCGGCGUCAAUUCGAUCAAGCUCCUGACCGGAAACAGUCACCCGGAGCUGGCUCAGCUCGUGGCCGACCGUCUCGGCAUUCCGCUCACCCCCUGUGUCUGCAAGAAGUUCGCAGACCAGUCCAUCGACGUGCGCAUCGGCAGCUCGGUGCGUGAUGAAGAUGUCUACGUCCUUCAGACCGGCAACUCGCCCUACACCGACCCCAACGACUCGUUGAUGGAGCUGCUCAUCAUCCUCUCGGCUUGCAAAACCGCUUCGGCGCGUCGCAUUACCGCCGUCAUUCCUUCCUUCCCUUACUCGCGUCACGACAAGAAGGACAAGAGCCGUGCUCCCAUCACCGCCAAGCUCGUUGCCAACAUGCUCACCGUCGCGGGUGCAGACCACGUCAUCACCUUGGACCUCCAUGCCAGCCAGAUCCAGGGCUUCUUCGAUAUCCCCGUUGACAACCUCACCAGCGAACCCAGCGUCGCUCGAUGGAUCCGAUCCAAAGUUGACAACUGGAGGAAUGCUAUUAUUGUGUCUCCGGAUGCUGGUGGUGCUAAGCGUGCCACGGCGCUCGCCGACUCGUUGGGUGUCGACUUUGCGCUGAUCAACCGCAACCGUCGACGCGAGCAGCACAAGCGUAUCCGUGCCGCACAAAAGACUGCGCUCGGUCUUUCGAGUCGCUCGUCGUUUGACGACCUGCGUUCGGGCGUCAGCACGCCCAUGUCCAGCUCGUAUCUGCUCGACGGUACGGGUCUCAACUCGAAAACUGCCGUCGGUCAGGCUACGGACAAGCUCAACGCCCUUAGCGUCUCGGCGGAGUCUCAGUCCUCGACAUCCACCUUGCAGUCACACGGCUCGAAACACGUCUACAGCGAAGUAGCCAACGGCAUCAAGUGUGACGAGACGGGCGAGUGGAUCAUGACCGACGAGCAGGGUCAUCUGGUGCGCAGUGGACGUUCCAAGCGCGACAUUCCCGGCGAAUCUGGCACCUCGGCAGAAGACGAUUCGGAGGACGAGAACACGUCGAGAAUGGAGAUCCUUGUCGGCGACGUCAAGGGCAAAGUGGCCAUCUUGGUGGACGAUAUGGUGGACACUGGUCGAACCCUCGCCCUGGCCGCAAAGACGUUGGAGGCGGCCGGUGCGGCCAAAGUGUACGCUAUCAUCACGCACGGCUUGUUGAGUGGCCAGUCGAUCGAGUUGCUCAGGAAACUCAGUCUGGAGCGUCUUGUCGUCACCAACACGAUCGCCAACACGGAAAAGGCCAAGGCGAGCGACGGCAAGCUCGAGAUCAUGGAUGUCUCGGCAGUAAUUGGCGAGACGAUCCGAAGAUCGCAUCACGGCGAGUCGAUUUCGCAGCUGUUCAGGCAGGAUGCUGAGAUCAUGUUUUGA